AUGCAAGAGCAGCACACUCCGGUGGGUGGCUUUAACGCUGGAGAUGUCAAAGCCACUAUGAAGAGAGGCCCAGGUGCGCCGAGAACUUACUUCUACAAAACCCCGGGAAAGGACGCGGGCAACCGUGCGAGUGGACCUUGGGGUUCGAAACCAAACACAAUGGCGAACGGAAAAGACUUCUUUCUCGAACUCCGCAAGCAGGUGACCGCUCUACGUCAAGGGGGAAGCGUCGCGGGAGGUUGA